AUGUCCGGGUCCGCAAACUUAUCCUACCUCUUCAUCCCCAGUUCGCCUUUGGCCUAUGAUCCUAAACACCAUGCCUACCAGAGAUCCAAUUCUCUCUCUCAAGGAUCUGCAAUGCCAACGACUUCGUCAUCUUCCACCUCCUCUUCCACUGACUACACGACGUACCCACUGGCCAAGCGCAAUGGCCGUACGAUUCUGCGCGACCCAGAUAACCCGUACCCACUUCCCUGCGAUAUUCCAGAGAUCCAUCGCCAGUCGCUGCGUUCACUCAUUUUGAUGCAUGUGUUCGGCGCUCCCUUUUGCACACCCCAUUUUGCCGACCACCCGCCGAAGCGUGUGUUGGAGUUAGCUUGUGGCUCUGCGUUAUGGUCAAACGCUUGCCAUGACUACUUUGCCCGGAGAGGACACAAAAACAUGUCCUUCACUGGCCUCGAUAUUGUAAACCUCGCGCCAGACCUUCAGAAACAAGGCAUCAAUUGGCAGUUUAAACGGCACGACCUACGGAAGUCUCAAUUACCGUUUCCCGAUGGUUACUUUGACUUUGUGUUCAUAAAAGAUGCUGGGAUUUGUCCGUCAGGAUCAGAGUUGCAAACGCUUCCAUUGGGUGAACCCCUUCGUGUUCUGAAAUCCGGGGGUGUUCUUGAAGUGUGGGAUUCAGAUCUUAUAUUUAGAACGCUUUUGCCAAAUCCGCCACUUGUACCUGGGCUAUCGGGGGAAAACGUGGAACAUGCGGUAGCCACAGGCACAUACACCAUAUUUCCAGCUACCCCAUUCGCAGAUGCCCAGAACAAAUAUUUACGCGAUUACAACUCCUGGGCGCAAAAGGCUUUUGAACGUCGCAGACUAACGCCCAUGCCAUGUGCCAUGAUAGGCCUUUCCUUCACAUCCGAGUCGGAUUCCUUCAAUAGCAUGGAUAGUCGUAGGAUAGCAAUUCCUUUGGGAGAAGUCAAAUGGGAGCGAGAGCCGCAGGAUGGCGCAUCCAAAAACUGGAAACAGCCCAAGACCUUAUCAGCAGACCAGCUUGCCAUACGCCAGACCGCGCUAUUUACAAUCGUUCAAAUGAUCGAGAGUAUGGAGCCAAUGCUGAUGGAGGUUAGUGGAAAAGGCAGAGACGAAUGGGAUCGAUGGUGGACUGGAAUGACAAUGGACUUGCUGCAGAACGGUGGCGUGGCAAGUGGCGAGUGUCUCGAGGUCGGAGCAUGGUGGGGCCAAAAGCGAUAA